GGCAUUGGAUACAUUGGGCCCUUUUAAAUACCACAAAAAUGAGUAAUCGUAGUACAUCCUUUUCGUAGUUUUCUUGCUUUCACACUCCACUAACUAGUUCGCCAACCAACCCCCCAUCCUCCAUCUCCUUCCUUUCUUUCUCUCUCCUUGUUUGAGUUUGACUACUUCACCCCCCCAUUACCCAACUGCUGCUUAUUCUUCCUCACCUCACUUUUUUUUUAUUAUUAUUGUGUUAUUCAAUUUUUUUCGAUAUUUAAAAGUAUACUCCGUAAUAUAAACAUUGGUGUGACAUGUAGCUGGUACGGAUGGUAAAUGUCACGUACCAGCUACGCUUAUACAAGUUGCAGUUUUUAAAAGUGGCGACUCUUUUAUCCUUUCUCUUAACUACGUGAACAUACAACUAUAUAGGGAUACUAAUAGCCUAAUAGGCCAGUAGAGUCAUCCUCCAUCGUCCAAACCAUACUUUCAAAAUUUAAAAAAAUAUAUAAUCGAAAAAUAAAAUAUAGAGAAAGAGAAACACAAACCCCACCUAUCCCCUUCAAUCCCUAAAAGGAUCUUCUUCCCAAGUUCAAACGUAAGCUACUACUAUUUUUCCUCUCUUUUUUUCAAUUUUUGUACAAUUUUUAUUUCCUCUUUAACAAAAAGUUCCUCAUUAAAUAUCACCUUUCCUCUUUUCUCUCUCCUUUUCUUCUCCUCUCCCCAAAAAAUAAACCCUAAUCAUUCUUCUCAUCAGAACAUAGAGCAGGUAGCUCAGCUACAUACAUAGAGAGUGCUCAAAAAUCCCCUCCUUUUUAUUUUCUUUCCUCCUUUUUAAUUAGCUAUUGCACUGCACUAUUUCUAAAAACAGUAAUUCAAUCUUUUUUCUAGAUCAUAUAACACCCCUUUUUUUCUCAAAUGUAAGAAGAGAAAAAGUAAGAAAAAAGAGAUCAUAAACCUUCUUUCAUAUCCAAUCUUUUUAGAUUUUGCUUUGGACCUCCAAAAUCUUCCGUAUCUUCUUCUUCUCUAGAUCGAUCUCGCUCCUCACGCUCCGUCAUGGAAUCGGGGAAUAGUAGUAGCAUGCAAUCAUCGAGUGGUGGCGAUGAACAGGAAUAUGAAUCCGGCGGAGUAUUAUCAGCAACAACAGGAGGUAAUUACUUGUUGAGUAAUACUAGUAGUAGUACUACUAAUAACACCUUACCUUCAUCAAAUCAUUUUAACAAUAGUCAUAAUCAUAAUCAUUUUAUGUUUGUGUUAUCUCCCAACAAUCAAAUACCACCUCCUCCGCCAUCACUUCAACCAUCUUCAGCACAUGUUAGUUACUUGGACUCUUUUGAUACUCAAACUAAUUAUCAGAACUUGAUGUUCGGGUGGUCCGCUAAUAAUCAAUUCUCUACUGGUAACAGCUUGUCCGAUCCUAACCCACAUCCUCAUCCACCUCCUCCUUCGAUGCCGAGUCAAAGUUGCACCAAUACCCCUAAUACCACCCACCUUCCGCCUCCAAGAUCGGUACCGUUACAAGAUAUGUCAACACAUAAACAAACCGCUGCUGCUGCUGCUAGUGGUAGCACCACCAGCACCGGUAAGAACCCGAGGAAGCGAACUCGAGCGUCAAGAAGAGCGCCAACGACGGUAUUAACAACGGAUACGACUAAUUUCCGAGCGAUGGUUCAAGAAUUCACUGGCAUUCCAUCAUCUCCAUUCUCAGCAGCAGCAUCACCUCUUAUAUCUAGAAGACUCACCGAUCUUCUAUCCGGGUCAAGUUCAGGUUUGGGCGGAGCUAGGUCGGGUCUACCACAUCCGAUGUCGGGUCACAACCCGAGUUCACUCGAACGUCUCCUUGCUGGUUACAACAACAACAACAACAAUUACCCAUUUAGACCCUUACCUCAAAAACCAAAUACUAAUACAAAUAUAAAUAGUACAAUAUCCAACAAUACAACUAAUAAUCAUCAUUCAUCAUUUCAGUCUCUUCUGCAAUCAGCCUCAGCCUCAGCAGCUAACCCUCCACCACCACCACCCGUUAUGUUCCCGGACCUUGGUGGUGUACUUGGGAAUCAUGAUCAAACCAUGUUCGGGUUCGCGCCGAUGCGAUUACAUCCGGAUACCACGGGUGGUGGUGGUUGGAGAGGUGGUAGAGAACAACCACAACAACAACAAGGUGAUGAUGAUGGGAAUAUGAGAGGUGCAAUGAGUCAGCAACACCAAACCACGGGUGCUGAAAAGAGUAAUAAUAAUAAUAAUAAUAAUAAUAAUCAGCAAAUGGGGGGUCAAUUAGUGGGGGUGGGACUUCCAAUUAUAAUGUGAAUAUCAAUUGUUCAAGAGAUAAAGCCUUAGACAAUGCUACCCAAGGUACGUUGGGUGAUUUUCUUGGUUAAUUUUUUUUCAAUUUUCUACUUAGUUUUUUUUUUUUUUUUUAAUUAUAUUAUAUUGUUACAUACCAAAUUUUAUAUAGAUUAGGAUCGAAUUAUAUAGUCCUAGGAAUGAAUACAAGAAAUGAAGAAUUUUGGGCUGGAAAAAAAAAAAGAAAAAAAAAGAGGGUAGAUUAGAUAAUUGAUUAGUUUUGUUGUUAUAAUUAUAGUUGUAAUCAUAGUACUAGAUCAGACAAUCUAAGGUUGAAUAUCAACCACGCACAUUAUUAUAAUUAUCAAUUUAUCAUAUCAUCUUUUUUUUCUCUCUCCUUUAUUUUUUUAAUUAUUAUUUAUAUCUUAAUUAUGUUAAUCAGAGGUGAAAUUAUUAUAUGCACAUUUGAAUGGUACUUUUUGUUCAUAAUUUUGGAUCAAUUUGUUUUCAUUGCAUAAAUCAUUAUUACAAUUGAUGACUUUAAUUACACGUCCAAUAGAAACUGUCUUUAGUACUAGUACAAGAAAUAAAGUUAAGGUUAAAUGAAUCUAUUUCUUUCUCCUUAUCUUUCUUUACAACCGAAUUUGAGAGUUGUUGUAAUUGCCAUUAAAAAUAAAGUAUUAAGUCCGUUCAAAAUGAUUUAGUACAACCAGUAAUAAUAACGAACAUGACGACUAAUUCCAAACAGAACAAAAGGUUGUAUGUCAUUGAAUGACAAAGUUAGCAAGAAAAUUAAGUAUGGUAAUUGAAUUAAAGUCGGUGAUUUUAUGGCACUAAAAAAAUUGAAUUAGUGUACUCAUUUUGUUCCUUUGUAGCUGCUUUGAAAGUUCUUCUCUGAGUUUUUUUUUUUUUUUUUUUCCCUAAUAUAUUUAUAAUAUGAUUUGUCGUUUUGAAAAACCAUUUAAUUAAUUAGGCAGUAGUACUGCGUUAUAGUGCGGAUCAAAUCCAAUGUGAAAUAGUAAAAGUCCAUGAUUAAGGAGGCAAAAAAUAAUGUAAAAUGCAUGGGAAACAUUGAUAUAAUAUAGUUGGCUUUUGUAUUAAUUUUACAACAUUAUUUUCAUUUACGGAGUAUUAUUUGUUUCCACCAUAAUUAUUGUGUGCUCAUAUGCAUUGCACCAUUUUUUCAUUUGCAUGGAAUGGCCUUACCACUAAAAUGAUUAUCACACUAUUUUUAAGUUAAUAUAAAUAUCCUAAACGUGCUGAAAGGUAUUUUCAAGUCCUUUUUUUUGGGUAUCUUUGAAAUUUUUUUUAUAUAUAUUUAUUUUUUAAUUAAUUAUAUUGUGAAAUGUGAAUUUUGAGUUUUAUAUAUGUACAAUGAUGAUAAAUAGGGUGUAUAGUAAUACAUAGUCAUCAACUCAUCAUUAUGUUAUUAGUCCUUGUUACUCCAUUUCGCUAGCUAGGUUAUACUUCGCUUUUAUUUAUUUAUUUAUGGAUAGCUUGGUCAUAUAAUGAGAGCAUAAAAACAUUUAUUCCUCAAUAAUUAUUUGUGUGCUAAAGAAGAGGAAUUAUUUCACAAAUCUCCCAUGAAACUUGAAGAAAAAAUAUAAAUGAAAAUUAUUAUAUGCAAUUGAUUAACUUGAUCGAUUGAGAAAGAACAUGUAAGUUUGGAAGUGAGCUUCCGUUAAAUACAAGAUAGGUGUAUGGUAAGACGUGUAUGCUUUCUUAUAAGGAAUGGGGUGACUUUAAAAAUGAUCUUUAAUUUCAAAGGAGCAUAGGCGACUUUAUUGAAAAUUUUAAGCUUCUUCCACCAUCAUAUAUAUUUCAUAUGAGAUCAAAACUUUGCCUUCUAUAUUCUUUUCUAACCAUACUUUUUAUGUCACUCUUUAAUUUUCUAUUUUUUUUUAAGGUAAUAGAUAUUCAAGCUAGACUUUUGUGAAAGUUUGAAAAGUAUACGAGUGUGUCUGCUUGAAUCGUGUGGUUAUAUUUUUUGAAAGAAUAAAUAUUACGGGUUUGUUUGGAAUUUAUUAGUAAGUUGUUCACUAGAUCACUAGUUCAGUUUGCUUAUUUAAUUUGACCAGCUACUAGUAUUUCUAAUUCAUUGGUUGUAAUAUUUUCAUAUAAAUAUGAUAUUUAGUGAGCUUACUUGUCAAAUUUUGGUGCAAACUACACAGUAACAAUCUUUGGAUAAAAACAACGGUAAGAAAGGUGUAUAAAUAAUGAUAGAGAAUAUCCAUAGAAUAUUCUCAUCCUAGUUUUAGGAUAUAUUUUGUAUAAGAUUAUCUUUGAUAUCUUUACAUAUCUUAUAGUUACCUAAUAUGUUUAGGUUUCUCAUUGUAACCCUAUAAAUAUUGAUCAAUGGAAAUCACUCUAAUCGAGGAGUUUAUAUUAUCUGACAAAUAAUAAGAGUAAUGGUGUUCUAGUUUA